GAAGCAGCGGACACAGUUUCUGACGGACGUUUUAUGGUGUGACACAACAUACCGGUACGUGCCAUUUUCGUUUGUCAACCUGAACACAAUGUUAGCCAGCAGCUGACAAAAUGAGUUUGUUUUUGGCCAAAUUGUCAUGCAAAAGGGACAUAGACGAGGUAAUAAAAACGGUCGCCGAAAAGGUUUUAGUUCUUCGGUUUGGAAGGGAUGAAGACUCGGUCUGCCUGCAGCUUGACGAGAUUCUGUCCAAAACCUCCCACGACCUGAGUAACAUGGCGUCUAUCUACAUCGUGGAUGUGGACUCGGCUCCCGUCUACACGAGAUACUUCGACAUCAGCUACAUCCCGUCUACCGUCUUCUUCUUCAACGGACAACACAUGAAGGUUGAUUAUGGGUCUCCAGAUCACACCAAGUUUGUGGGCAGUUUUAAGACCAAGCAGGACUUCCUGGAUCUGAUCGAGGUGAUCUACAGAGGAGCUAUGAGGGGGAAGAUGAUCGUCAAGAGUCCUAUCGACCCUCAGAACAUCCCCAAGUACGACCUGCUCUACCAUGGGAUCUAAUCCCAUCACGACCUGCUCAACCAUGGGAUCUAAUCCCAUCACGACCUGCUCAACCAUGGGAUCUAACCCCAUCACGACCUGCUCAACCAUGGGAUCUAACCCCAUCACGACCUGCUCAACCAUGGGAUCUAGAUUUCACCACGAUUCCCCACCCUUCAGCGGU